AUGGUGACGCUGAAGGUCGACAACAUCGCCUUCACGUGCUCGCCGGAAGAGCUGCGGGAAGUCUUCGAGGGCUGCGGGAAGCUGGGGGACGUGUACAUUCCGCGCGACAUGAGGACCGGCGAACCGAGGGGUUUUGCGUUUGUCCGAUACCUGGACAAGCGCGAUGCUGACUACGCCGUGGACAGGCUUGAUGGCACGAGGUUCAACGGCCGCGAGCUGCGGAUCCAGUAUGCCAGGAAGCGCCGUCCUGGUGGUGGCGGUGGUGGUGGUGGGUAUGGAGGCGGUGGCGGAGGUGGGUAUGGAGGCGGUGGCGGAGGAUACGGAGGCGGAGGAUACGGCGGUGGCGGAGGAUACGGCGGUGGCGGUGGCCACUACGACCGUGGCGGUGGCGGUGGCGGGCGCGACGACAGGAGGGGAGGCCGCAGCCGGUCCCCUCGCCGUAGGUCCAGCCCAUUCUUGGGAGGAAAGGGAAGUCCGUCGUCGGCUGCUGCUGCAUGUAUCCGCGUGUCGCUGCGCGUGUCUUUGGAGACGACACACGGAGCAGGUCUCCCCCUUCUCGCCGCCGCCGCCGCGGCAGCCGGUCCCGUUCUCGCUCGCCGGCCUCCCCGGGGGACGACAGGAAGGAACGCAGGCGCCGCUCCCGCUCACCAAACCCGGUCGGCGGCGGCGGGAGCAGGAGCGGGAGCCGAAGCAGGGGGCACGGCGGCGGCGGGGACCGCUGGGAGGAGAGGGACGGGCGAAAGAGCCCCAGGGACGACAAUGGUGGCCGCGGCGGCGGCAGUAGGGGCGACGCAGACAGGUAUGGCGGCGAGAGGCGCGGCAGCGGCGGCGGCGGCGAAGCCCCCAAGCACGGCGGCGCAGACUAACCCGGCCCUUCAACUCAACAGCCCGGCCCAGCGCGUGAACAGCUGCAUCCGUGACAUGUGACGAGGGUAUACAACAAGGUGGCUUCAACAACAACAGCAGUAGUGGUGCAGCCAGGAGCCACGUCGGGAAGAGCUGCAGUGCUGCAGUGCACCACGUACGUUACGCCGGAGUGGUUUCUUGGGGAGCUUCAAGUAGUUCGACCCAAAGAGUGCGAGAGCGACUAUUCUAGUAGCCCGUCUCAGUUGUUCGUGUUUUUUGCUAAUACCGGCUUACGUACGUCCUCUACGCUUGGAACCUGAGUUGCGUUUGUUUCCCACGCCAUUGCGAAGGAGAUUUUGUUUUACUCGCGUUUCUUGGUUGUCGAUUUCUCUUGUGGAGUGCUAGGUGUUGAACACGGCGGUUUAGAAAACACGUCCCCCAUGUUUUGGCCAGAAAAAAAAUGGCACGCAGUUUUCUGAUUGGUGAAAAAUAACUUUCGGCGCCACAGACGGCGUGCCGCCAUUCUUUGGCCAAGUAGUCUGGAGAGAAAACGAUGCACAGACAGAAGUAGGCGUCUUUAUUUUGUGCUCUCCCAAGUUGUCGGAGGUUUUUUAGAGCGGGGGUGGGUAGGGUAUGGUCAUGCAGAGCGUGAAAUAUGAAGGCUUUGGAGCACUUUUUGGGUGAGCCAUUCAAAUAAGCAAGCAGGUGAGGCGGCUACAGGCUUUCUUGAAAUGGGUCGCCGAGAGGGGUACGCAGGGAGAUGGGGGUGUUAUUUUUUCCCG